UGACGGUUGUGCGGGGCGAGUGGGCGGCGGGACGCGGCCGCGUGGCGAGCGGAGCCCGGAGGCGGGAGCGACCGCGGAGGAUCCCACUCUGCGUGAAGUUGGAAGCGUGGCGCGACGCCUCACCGCCUCACCGCUCCGCCGCGCGACACCGCUCGCCACCCGCGCGGGAAACUACGCACACGCAUUUUCACAACAUUCUGAAAAACUACGCUCAGUGAUAACACCGGAUUUCUCGUUUCCACUUGGAUUUGCUAUAAUGUUUAGUGUUUGUGACGUUUAUCUAAACAGACGAACAAAUUGAAACGUUUGAUAAGGAUGUGUAUUGGAGACACUAUAGUGUUAUUAAGUGAAAGUAAUUUGCACAAUCGUAGAGUAAAAUGCUAGUUGAAUCAUGAGGGAAUUAAAAGCUGGGAACAUGAAGAAGAGAAAUCACAGUCAGUCGGCGGAAAAGCCGAAGGGAAAACGAAGGCGGCUACGGGACUACGCUGAAAAGUUAGCGAGGGUCGCACGAGAGGAGGCCAGGCCGGAAACAACCCCGCCAACGAUAUAUAUCCCGGGCACUUGCGGCCUGCAGUCAUGCGGCAAGGAGGCGGCAUGCAUGCCAUACAACAGUACCAUGCACUUUUGCCGCUGCACUUCCAACGGUUUGCCGGUCACCGAAGACUUCAAAUGCCCCAGAAGCACAGUUCCCGUGACUCUGAAGCCCAUAUACAACGUGAUCCCACCGAGAACGUCAAACGCCUCCGCUGACAGCCGAUACGCGCCGUCUCCGCCCACCGCACAAGUAUCAAAAUCCUUAUCGAGUGCCGAGAUCUUCGCAGAAUCAACUACUGGGAACGGCUCGUUAAUAGAGACGGGCAUGACAGCUGGUGUAGGAACCCUAAUAGCUAUCACAGUAUCCGGGGCCGUAACGCUAAUACUAAUAGUCGCCAUUAUGCUGCUAUACUUCAAAAAACGAAUGUGUCGUGUGGACGGGAAAACACAACCUCGUGUGCGACCGGGAGAGCCUCUGCUUGCUGAAAGGUAUAUAACGAACCCGCAGUACGGAGUGUACGGGGCUGGCAACGUCCCAGUGCCGGGGACCCCAGGAGCUAUGGACGCUGAUGACACCAACAAGUCGCAAGUCCAACUCUUGGAUAGGAACGCCCUCACAUUCCUUGAAGAAGUCGGAGAAGGAUGCUUUGGCAAAGUCCAUAAAGGGCUUCUGAGGACGACCGCUGAUGAACAAGUAGUAGCUAUCAAAGUUCUUAAGGAAAGUGCGGGUCGAAACGCCGAGGAAGACUUUGUGAGAGAAGUCUCUAUCAUGUCAGCAUUCAGGCAUCCAAAUAUUCUUGCACUGGUUGGAGUUGUAUACAGAGAUGAUAUCAACGCCAGUCCCUGGAUGGUGUUCGAAUACAUGGAGUGGGGUGAUCUGGCUGGUGUCCUGAGAGGGUCCCGCGGAGGCGGCCGACCAGGGCCGCUACUAGAUGAGCCAGCUCUGCUACACGUGGCCCUGCAAAUAGCCCGCGGUAUGCAGUACCUCGCUUCACGACGAUUUGUUCAUCGGGAUCUCGCAGCCAGGAAUUGUCUAGUCGGCGCUAAUCUAACAGUGAAAAUAGCGGACUUUGGUAUGUCACGAGAUGUUUACACGUGUGACUAUUACAAAAUGGGUGGUGAAAGGCCCAUGCCGGUACGCUGGAUGUCGCCAGAGAGUAUUGUGUACGCUCGAUUCACGCACGAAUCAGACGUGUGGUCCUACGGUGUUGUACUCUGGGAGAUAUACAGCAGAGGAAAACAACCCUUCUAUGGCCAGAAUAACGAUGGAGCUACAAAAUUGAUCUUGCGAGGCAUAGUGCUUGUGCCACCAGAAGACUGUCCGCGCUUCGCUGGCGACCUAAUGCGCGCAUGUUGGAAAGCCGAUCCUCGCGAUAGAAUAGGUUUUGAUGAAAUAUGUAGAAAAUUAGAGGAUGCAGCUGCAGGUGGUGGACAAGUUAUGCAAAUGCGGCUGCCACGACCCCCACCUCCUCCACAAGACUCAACAGGGUAUUUGAUUCCGAAAGAGCAGCUGCCAGUCGAUUACUUGAAGCUAUCACUGCCGACUCCUGAGGAUCACGCUGACCUGGAGGCCGCAUUCGAGUCCAGUGAGGAGGAGGAUGAGGACGAGGAGUACACCUGACAGCCAGCCCUGGUGCCGGCAUCGCAGUACGUGCCGCGCUCCUCGCCCUCGGCUGCCGCCGCGACUAUGGCUCUCACCCGCACAUUCCGUUCACAGAGCAGCUUAUUCUCACAGUUUCAGUGUUAAAGCUUGACGUUCAGACGUUGACUUCGAAACCAGGAAUGUACUUUUGAUAAUGUAGAGUCAAUACUCAAUUACCUACCUAAGUGUGAUAUUUUUCAUAAUAAAUAAAAAUAUUCUAUACGAGUAUCUACGUAUACUUGAUGUAGCUGUGUAAAUCUCUAUGAUAUUUAAUAGCGUGUUGUGUAUUUAAUGGAUAUUUUAGUGCAUAAUUCCUACAUAAUAAAUCUGUGUGCCAUAUGCCAAAAAUAAAUGUACCUAAAAUAUAAGACGAUAGAUCAAUUUAUACCGUAAUAUUUGUAUGUAUUAAAAUUAAGAAUAUUGUGUAAGGUACAAUAUGUGUUCCAAACUUUACCUACCCAUGUAUGUGUUAUAUUAUUAUAACAAAUCUACAUAGUAGACUUGAUAGGUAUGACUUUCACAUAAUUAUGUACUGCAAAAUGUAGGUAUAUAUUGACUGAACUUUGUAUCUGUUGAUAAAAUGUAUGAAUUAUACAAUACAGCUAGUAGUGCAUAAAGUUAGACAUUUAUCCUAGUCCUAGACUACGUUCUAAACCUUGUUAGCUAACAAAGCGUUUAUAUAAUGCUCCGAUAUACGUUCAAUUUAGCGUAAAUCGUUCUUAUUUAUGCUCCCAACAAGCAGUUAAACUAUAAAUUAAAUUGGUCAUAAAUGAACCUACCAUAUGUCAGGACAAAAACUGAAAUGUAUAAAAAAUUUGAGAACCACUGUACCUAUUAGGUAAAUUCCUAGAAAAAUUAACCACAAAUAUUUUUAUAAUCCUUGCCAGGGUUAUCAUAGGUAAAACGCAUAUGAUAAAAAAUAACUGUACAUUUUUACAACCGAUUAUGCUAAAAUUCAGCGUAAACAAAAUUUUGUUUAAGCACCGUCCGUAAGAAAUAAAUUCGAACUAUAGGAAAGUCUUCGUAUUGUAGGUAUCUGGGUCAUAAAGGACAAUGGGCACUUUGUAUGAGAUUUGGUACCCGCUCCAACAGUAACGUAUGAUAUAUCAUUAGAAAGGUAUUUGCGUGAAUAAUAAUAAAAACUAUGGGGCCUGC